CAUACAUACCUAUCCCAUGUGCAUUGUUGCUCUAUACUAGAGCUAAAAAUGACCGGUGAAAAGUAUCCUCCUGGUAUCAUCCAAUGUUGCUGCCUCUUCUCAGCAAUCAUUCUUCUGCUAUUGGAGCUACAUUGUUGCACUGGUAGCCGGGUACUGCUCGAUGGACCUGAGGAAGAAGGAGAUGGUGACCAUGAUGCAUCCCCGCUUGAACUUAGCAGAGCUAGUUUUCCCCAUGAUUUUACGUUUGGUGUUGCAUCGAGUGCUUACCAGUAUGAAGGAGCAGCAAAUCAGAACGGCAGGAGGCCUAGCAUAUGGGAUACUUUCACCAAAUUGUAUCCAGAUAAGAUAAAAGAUCACAGUUCCGGGAUGAUAGCUGAUGAAUUUUACUACCUGUAUAAGAAGGAUAUUCCGUUGCUAAAAGAAAUCGGAUGGGAUUUCUUCAGAUUCUCCAUCUCAUGGCCAAGACUUGUACCCAAUGGCAAAGUAAGCAAGGGAGUGAACCAACAAGGUAUCAACUUCUACAAUAGUCUCAUCGAUGAACUCCUAGCUUAUGGCAUACAGCCAUUUGUCACUUUAUUCCAUUGGGAUGUACCACAAACUCUCGAAGAUAAGUAUGGAGGGUUCCUUAGCCGGGAAAUCGUGGAUGAUUUCCACGACUACGCCGACCUAUGCUUCAAAGAGUUUGGGGACAGAGUGAAGUACUGGACCACAUUGAACGAGCCGAACAAUUUUGCACAGUUUGGGUACGCCACAGGUACUUAUGCACCCGGUCGAUGUUCCAACUACAUUGGGAAUUGCACCAAUGGAAAUUCUGCAACAGAGCCAUAUAUUGUUGCGCACCACCUGCUUCUUUCUCAUGCAUCGGUCGUCCAAUUAUAUAGGAGCAAGUAUCAGACGUCUCAAAAGGGGAAGAUAGGGUUGGGGACUUCAACCUACUGGAUGAAGCCUAAGUUCCCAACAGAUCAGAGUAGGGACGCGGCCAUGAGAGCUCUUGAUUUCCAAUUUGGGUGGAUAGUUGAUCCAAUCACCUUUGGUGAUUAUCCCAAGAGUAUGAGAAAUUUAGUUGGAACGCGGCUGCCCAACUUUACGAUAGCAGAGUCGAAAAUGUUGAGAGGAUCCUAUGAUUAUCUUGGCGUCAAUUACUACACAGCUCGAUAUGUCGAUGAAUCCACAUCUUAUAGCACGACCAACCUAAGUUACACGACUGAUGGUCGUUGUAAUCUCACCACGGAACGAGACGGAAUCACAAUUGGAAAGCCGACCCCUGUGGUGUGGAUAUACAUGUACCCCAAAGGAAUCAGAGAUCUAAUGCAUUACGUGAAGAACAAGUACAAUCCCUCCGUGAUUUACAUAUUAGAGAAUGGAGUGGGAGAUGCUAAUAACGUUACGUUGUCACUUAAAGACGCGCUCAGAGAUACCUUGAGGAUGAAGUACCACAAGCUCCAUCUUUUUUAUCUUUCGAAGGCUAUCGAGGAAGGAGUGAACGUGAAGGGCUACUUGACAUGGUCAUUCUUGGAUAACUUUUCGUGGGCACUUGGUUAUACUGUUCGAUAUGGCGUCAUUUUCAUCGACUACAAGAACGGGCUGAAGAGAUACCCAAAGGACUCCUCACUUUGGUUUAAGCAGUUCCUCCGUGCAGAAAACACAACUCAUCCUCAUAUUUGAUUAGAUUUUAUCAAGCCAUUUUUAUUUGAAUAAGUUUGGUGAGUGUCAUUUUUUAUUUCGACAAGCAUUGAAAGCAUGCAAACUAGCUUGUGAUACUUGCUAUCGAAUGUGAUCACGUCCCUAGACGGAACAAAGGGGCUUGAGAGUCUUCACCAAGUGGUUUAAGGAUCUUUCACAAUUCCAAUGUCGAUUGAGCAGCUAUUUUCUCAUAUUAA